AUGACCGCCGUUUCUCUCGCCGCAUCAUCGGCUCUUGCGGCCCGCUCGUCAUCUUCCGUAGUUGUCGGCCCCCCGUCCAACUUCUGGUUGUUCAGCAACCGCCACGGCUUCGACAUGACGCACCCGCCCACGCCCGACGCGCCGCUCGUCUAUCCGCGACUCACCCUCACGUCGAGCAACUCCCCCAUCACAAUCGCCCCCGCCAAGACGGCCCUCGUCAUCAUCGACAUGCAGAACUUCUUCCUCUCCGCAGCCAUGGGGCGCAAGCGCGGCGAAGGCCACGACGCGGAGACGGUGCUGCUCGACCAGGGGAUCCCCGCGGCGAGAGAGGCGGGGAUACAGGUCGUCUGGCUGACGUGGGGCAUCUCGGAGGAAGGCAUGAAGACGCUGCCGCCGACAGUAUGGCGCAUCUUUGGGUGGGAGAUUGCCGAUGAUGACGACGGGUUUGAGGUUCCCGCUGGCGCCGACGGUCCUCAAGGCGACCAGGUGCCCGGUCCUACCAUACGAAUUCCAGAGAGAAAGUCGGACGGCGGCAUUGGAUCCGAGCUCGGCCCCAUCACUCUCGCGGACGGCUCCAUCGUCGACGCGGGGAAGAAGCUCCUCCGCGACCAGUGGAACACGCGCCUCCACGGCCCCCUCGAGGAGGCCUUUGAAGCCGGCCAGCGCGCCGCGGUCCCAGACAUGCGCUUCCACAAAGAACGGCUCUCUGGCCUCUGGGGCGAUGCGCACUCCAACGAGCUCGAGAUCUUUCUACAGAAGAAGGGCCUCAAGACGCUGCUGUUUGCCGGGGUGAAUACGGACCAGUGCGUACUGGCGACGAUCCAGGACGCGUCGAGCAAAGGGUUCGACACUGUGUUAUUGAGAGAUGGUUGCGGUACGACGAGCCCCGAGUAUGCGCGGCAGAUGGUGGACUUUAACUGCCAGAAGUCAUGGGGGUUUAUCUCGAGUUGUGAGGCGCUGGCGAGGGGGGUGCAGGGGAUGGUCAAGGAGAAGCCCAUGGAAAAAUAA